UCGGCUCAGCUGCCGGCCACCUUCAUUAAAAGCGGGUCAAGCAGAGGAGGGAGUUGGCMACGGGGUAAUUAUUGGAAAUUASCCAUUUUGUGUUGUGUCACAGCGUUAAAGUCCGCAGAAAUGUUUAACAGUAUGCUGAGGGACUUUGACGAGGAUCCGUUUUUUUCGGAUCCAUUUGGAGCUCACAGGGAGCACAUGAGGCACAUGAUGCGUAGUUUCUCUGAACCAUUCGGCGCACCCUUGAUGCCCAGCAUAACAGAUGGGAGAAACCACGGACGUGACAUGGCAGGACAUCCCACUUCAUCCCUUGCAUUGAGAAAUGAACACAGGGAUAUGAGUCGGUCAUUGUUGCCCUUUGGCAAUUCGGACACCACAGACGUCAUGCAAAACCCCUUCAGCGUGUUUGACAACAUGAUGGCCAAUGUGAGAAACAGGAUGGAGGACAUGAACAGAAACUUUGAGAACAGGUCCACAGACUCCAACACCCACUCCUUCAGCUCCUCGUCAGUAAUGACGUAUUCAAAAGUUGGAAACGAGCCUCCGAAGGUGUUUAAAGCUGUUUCAUCGACUCUUCGAGCCCCAGGAGGGAUCAAAGAGACGCACCAAGCAGUGAAAGACUCUGAGAGUGGUAUGGAGAAGAUGAAAAUCGGGCAUCACAUUAAGGACAAGGGACACGUCGUUGAGAAGAAAUAUAACAAGAAAACGGGAGAGAAAGAGCUCAACCAGGACUUCCAGAACAUGGAUGAAUCCGAAGCCCAGUCUUUUUAUGACGAGUGGCAGCAGGAGGUGUCCAGAUUUCAGCCGUCACACCGCAUGCCUUCCCUGAGGGAACCUCCUCCCCGUGCUGCCCACCAAGCAGCCCUCCCUGGUCCUGAGCUCCCCCACAGAGAACAAAGGUGCAAAACUGGAGGAAAAGACGAAACUAAAGACUCGGGCAACACAAAGCAUUAAAAUUGGCUGUUUUUCCCGCUUUUAUGUGUUUAUUAAUGUUUUUAAGCAUCUUAUUGUGCUGCCUGUCACACACACAAACACACCACGAUAGAUUUUUUUUAUUAGUAGUAAGAUAGAUAAUGUUGUAUUGCUUAUGUUAGCCAGCUGUGUACAUUUUAUAUCACUAGAGAAAUUAUCUCAAGCACUAUGUACAGUUUGAGUUUAGAUCGGUGUUGUCAAUGUAAAUACAGUGAUUACUAGACAACAGACUAAUAGCAAAUUGAUGUCAUUAAAUCUUAGUGUAAUUCUUUUGAAGCUGUGGACAAAAAGUACUUAACUACAAAAAAAGUCAUGUAUUUUAUGUGAAACCAUAUUUAUGUUACCUAACAGUGCAGUAUAUGUAGGAAUUUAAAAGAAAGAGGCUUAAAUCUUUUUUAUUGAUAUUUUAUUUUGAUCACCAUUACUCAUUCAACAAAUAAAAUAUUUUCUCAUACUGA